AUGCAAGAACCAACCUACGAUUCGACCCGCCCGAUGCCGGCCAUCGAACUCGUCUCUCAAUACAAACUGAACGUCUCCGGGAUCAACGGAAAGACUGUCUGCGCCCUACGCGUGGUCUUCCCUCCCAAUGGCUCAACUCCUCCUCACAGGCAUGGAGGUUGCGCCGUGUCGGCGUUCGUCAUCUCGGGCACACUAUUGAACAAAAUGAACGACUCUCCGAUGAAGGUUAUUGAGUCCGGCGGGACUUGGUACGAGGCUCCUGGCUGCCACCAUCGAAUCAGCGACAACGCAAGCAAGACCGAGGAGGCCGUUCUCCUGGCUACUAUGAUCGUCGACACCGAGGCAUUUGAGCGGGAUGGAAUGGGCGCUCUUAUUCAAAUUGACGAGGAAUAUCGCUGA